AUGUCUACUGAAUCGGGGGUGAGCUCCUUCAGGCAGACAGCCGAAGCAGCGGACCUGUCGCUCACGCAGAACGCGACACACGCUCGCUGCUAUGCACGAGCGAGUAGAAGAGCACCACGCAAAAUUGACGCAAUGGCACCAGCAAAACUACGAUCUGAUGCCCACGAUAGUUGCACCGGUGAGCGAUCUGAAGGAGGACAGCCGUCAACGAUGCAACGAGCUGACGAACCUGCGACAGCAGUUCGGGCGUCAUGGCAAAGGUGGAGACGUUCCGAUUGUGUGGUCGCGUAA